AUGGGUGCCACGAGCUUCGAUCGCAGUGUGAUGAGCGAGUGUUUCCGCCUGGCCGAAGAAGCACUGUCAUCGGGCGAAGUCCCUGUCGGCUGUGUGAUGGUCUACGACGGCGAAGACAUCAUUGCUCGCGAUAGGAACCGCGUGAACGAGUCGAGAAAUGCGUGUCGGCACGCCGAGAUGGGCUGCGUCGAGCAAGUACUGGCCUGGUGCGCCGAUCGUCGGCUGCACUGGAGACAAGUGUUCCCUGCCAUAUGUGUGUACGCAACGGUGGAGCCGUGCAUCAUGUGCGCUUCGGCCUUGGGCGUGCUCGGCGUCUCGAGGAUCGUGUUCGGCUGCGCCAACGAACGCUUCGGCGGAAUGGGAUCCGUCCUGAACAGCAUCGACGAGACUCGUGUCGUGUCGGGCCUAUGGGCCGAGCGAGCCGUCCACUUGCUUAAAACUUUCUAUGCAGGCGAAAACCCGAACGCCCCGAAAGUGAAUGCGUGA